AUGCCUCAAAGUAUCUCCGGGGGGCCGCGGAUAUGCCCCCCUCUGGCCGGGAAGUACUCCAAGCCCAGCGCACCGGAGCCCGCCGUCCCGCAGAGGCCCCCUGAGCCGUCCAGAGCCCCAGAGAGGCCGCCUGCUCUGCCCGUUGUCCCGCAGGGCCCACCUCCGCCUGCUCCGCCCCAAGUCCCGGAGGGGCCUCCGUCGCCUGCUCCGCUCCGAGCCCCGGAGGGCCCUCCAGAGCCGCCUCGAGCCUCGGAGAGCCCUCCAGAGCCGCCUCGAGCCCCGGAGAGCCCUCCAGAGCCGCCUCGAGCCCCGGAGAGACCUCCAGAGCCGCCUCGAGCCCCGGAGGGGCCUCCAGAGCCGCCUCGAGCCCCGGAGAGGCCAUCUGCUCCGUCUGUUGUCCGGCAGGGGCCGCCGGCUCCGUCUGUUGUCCGGCAGGGGCCGCCGGCUCCGUCUGUUGUCCGGCAGGGUCCGCCGGCUCUGCCCGUUGUCCCGCAGGGGCCGCCGGCUCUGUCCGUUGUCCUGCGGGGGCCGCCUGCUCUGCCCGCUGUCCCACGGGGGCCGCCUGCUCUGCCCAUUGUUCCGCAGGGGACGCCUCGGCCUGCCUUGGCCGCUGUUCCGCAGGCGAAGCCACCUGCCUUGCCCAGUGUCCAUGCCAUGCCCAGUGUCCAUGCCUUGCCCAGUGUCCAUGCCUUGCCCAAUUGUCCGUCCUCCCCCUGGUGUCCAUCCUCCCCCCGGUGUCCGUCCUCCCCCUGGUGUUGGCGCUCCUCCUGGUGUCGUCACUCCCCCUAG